ACCUCGUCAAUUUAUCACGUUAAAAAGUUAGUGGUUCCGGUGGAACCGGUGCUGUGUUAUAUAUUUAUCCAAACUUCAGUUUGGUUCCAGGUUCAUUAAUGGCUGUUGGAAGAAGAAGUAAAUCAUUCAAGCAAAGAGCAAAAGGUCGAAAGAAAGUUGGCGCGUCCAUAGAAUCUCUUCCGAAAGAGGUGAUUAUUACGGUUCUUGCUCUUGUUGCCUCAAAGUCAUUAACCGAUCUUAUUAAUGCCAAGUUGAGUUGUAAAUAUCUUCUUCAAACAUCAGACGAUGAUUUCAUCUUUGAGAAGGCAUCCAUGGACAAGUUUGGCAUAUUUCCAUGGUGGAAUAUGACCAAACAAGUCUCCAGGUUCUUAAAACGUUGCGAAGAGAGUGGAAACCCAGAAUGGUUAUACAUAUUAGGUUUGUAUGAAUAUUUCAGUACGUCCAAAACAGAUCAUGGAUUGAAUUGUUUGAAGAGAGCUGCUGAUAAAGGACACGUUGAGUCAAGUUAUGUUUAUAGUAUCAUCCUCAUAUGUUCAGGAGGUGAGCUAAAGCAACAUGGCUUAAAGCUUCUAGGUUCUUUGAAGAGGUUCAGAACAAGAGAGUUUAGGAUGAAAAUAAGAGAGAAUUUUCGUUGGAUGUGGACUCGUAAUAUGAUAACAAUCAAUAUUGAAGCAGAAGAUUUCAGUUCCAGGGGCUGCGACUGUUUAAAAAAUUGGAACGGAGGAAGAUGGGAAGGAGAAGACGCUGCUGUUCCUUGCUGCGACUCCUGCUUUUGUCAUCGCGAAGUCAUGUUCUUCUCAGAAUUGAUUUGGAGUCAUUAUAUGUUCAAACAGUAGUAGAUUAUUAGUUUUUGUUGUUAUUAUUGGAGGAGAUAGAAUUAGGUUCUAUGUUACUAAUAGAAACUAAUGAA